AUGGCUCAAAGCGGACCAUUGGAUAAUCGGCGUCGCCCACGACCACCAGAGUUAAACCUUCCGGAUAUGCAACAAAGAAGAAUACCAACCUCAGUUGCAUCUGCAGGGUUUGUCAUGCCUUCUACGAGUGGGUCUUCUGGUCAUUCCAUGCCACCAGGAGCUGUUGGUUCUUCAACUCGAGACCAUCCACCUGUUAACAACUACAACCAUGUAACAGAACAAGCACUCUUACGCUCUGCAGCUAGAGAGUAUCAGCCUCACCUACAUCCAAAGAAAGUCAAUGGUGCUUUGUGCCCAACUGCAUCAACUGCUACAACUGCCCCUUCAAGGCGGUUCCUCCUUGAUCAAGAAUUUCUCAAGCGUGCUACGACAAGCAAAGGGGGUAUAUAUGGAAUUGGGAGUGUCCAGUUCAGAGACUAUGAACCACGUCAGUCAGUUCCAGCAUCUCUUAAACGCAGCUUAGACAUGGACUUGCGCGUCUCUGGAAUAGAGACAAAUGCUGAACAUGUGCAGGCCACUGUGGAACUUCUCAAGACUGAUAUGGCAACUCUCAAAGAAGAUUUUUUAGCCUUUAAGACUGAGAUGAAGCAGGAGAUGGCUGCAACAAGAAGCUCCCUUAAUGUCAUUCUACAGGCUCUUGGUGCUCUUGGUGCUGCUUCUCCUCCAGUGAACCAACCUGACAAUGCCUCAACUCCUUAG